AUGAAUGCUCCUCACAAGGCCUCCCUGUCUCACGAGCUGAUUGCCGGUGCCGCCGCUUACGAGGCCGCAAAGGCCUAUGAGGACCACGUCCAGAAGAAUGGAUACACAGGAAAGCCAGACAGCCAUGCUAAGGCCAAGGAGAUCCUCGCUGGCUUCGCUGGAGCCUUCACAGACCGCAUCAUCGAGACCAAGGGCCUUGACUACAUUGAUAAGGAGAAGGUGAAGUACCAGGCCCAUGAGCAUGCUCAGGAUGCCCUUGGACGGGAGUACUAG